AUGGUCAACCUCUUGUAUGCAGUGCUGCGCUCCCUCCUGAGCUGCCUCAUCCCCCCGGCCAACCUGCUGGUUAUCGUGGCUGUGUACAGGCUGAUGAGGAAGCAGCAAGCCACGGGCUACAUCUACAUCCUCAACCUGGCCACCGCUGACCUGCUGGUGGGAGUCAUGUGCAUCACCGAGGCACUGGACGACAUCCUCGACGGGGACUUUGACCGCAGCAAGUCCUUCUGCCUCUCGCGCAUCGCCAUGAGUGUGACGCCCUGCAUCGGCUCCAUCCUGACCUUGCUCUUGAUCUCCCUGGACAGGUACUUGGCAGUGAGGCUGCCGCUCUCCUAUCCCACCCUAAAGAAGACGCCUGUGGUCCUCUCCCUUGUCGUCCUCUGGGUAGUCUCUUUCCUUUUUGGGCACUUGCCUUUGAUUUUGCCCUCCCUCCAGCGAAGCAACUACACAGGUUACUGCGGGCUGCUGUACGCAGCCAAGAGUGAGUACCUGUACACGCUCUGCUUCGGCGUCUUCGCUCCAGCGCUGCUGGUGCUGGUGUGCCUGCACGUCUCGGUGGGCAGCAUCGCCUACAUGCAGCACACACGGCUCCGGCGUGCCCGUGCCCAGGCCGGGCCCCUCCACGCGCACCUCCGACACUUCAAAGCGCUGCGGACCGUACUCAUCGUCCUCAUCUGCUUCAGCCUCUCCUGGGGCCCCUACCUGGUGGGGGGCGCCGUGCAGGCCACCUGCAGCUCCUGCAACCUGGCUGACCCCCUCCAGGGCUGGGCGAGACCAACUCCCUCAUCAACCCCCUUAUCUACGCCCUGCACAGCAAAGACAUCAGGAGCCACCUCGUCAAGCUGCUCAAGCGCAAGAAGACGGGCUUGGUGA